AUGUCUAUGUCGUCUACUACCCUCGAAUCAGAGUUUACUUUGUGGCAGUCCCUCACGCAAGCCCAUCUCAAUCCUUUGAACAAGAAAUGUGUGACUCUCCCCAUCCUUAAUCUUAGAAACCAAUACUCGCGCAAUUUCCAUUUGUCAUGGCUUGGAUUCUGGGUCGCAUUCCUUUCCUGGUUCGCAUUCUCGCCUCUGAUUCCUGUGGCAGUCAAGAAGGACCUCAAUUUGACGGCGGCCCAGAUAGGAAAUUCAAACGUAGUAUCUUUGUGCUCAACUCUCGUAGUCCGCAUCAUCGUCGGUCCUCUGGUUGACCGCUAUGGUCCGCGAAAAGUGAUGGCAGGACUUCUCGUGAUAGGCGCCAUUCCAUCAGGUCUCGCAGGCACCAUCGCAACUGCGCAAGGGCUCUACAUCGUACGGUUCUUUAUCGGCAUCCUCGGUGGGACUUUCGUGCCUUGUCAGGCGUGGACGACAGCGUUCUUUGAUAAGUGCGUCGUAGGGCGGGCGAACGCGCUCGCUGGUGGGUGGGGAAACGCGGGCGGCGGUUUCACGUUUAUUAUUAUGGUCGCACUGUAUGACCGCUUGAUUGCGGAUAGACUCGCGUCGCACGUGGCCUGGCGAGUUGCAUUUGCGAUCGUCCCGGUCCCGGUGUUGCUGUUUACUGCUGCUGCAGUUCUCGCGUUCGGGACGGAUCAUCCAAACGGCCGGUGGAGUGACAGGCAUGGUCCUACUCCCAGUGAACCCGACGUCACUGAAACCGAACAGGUGCAAACUGAACACCACAAAAACGCCUUCUACCUGCGGGACAACGAGAAAAAGAGUGAAAGGGUAAAUGUUCAGGUGGAUCCUGCAGAAGACGGCUUGGCCUCUCUGGAUACAGCCGUGAAUGAACCGUUGACAUGGAGCCUUUCGUAUCAGCUUCUCGUCUCGUCGCUGACCUGGCUGCCGUCCUUGGCCUACUUGACGUCAUUCGGAUUUGAGCUUGCCAUGGACGCGAAUCUCUCGAACGUGCUAUACGACCUGUAUUCUUCGCGUUCGUUCGGGCAGACAAAGUCCGGCUAUAUUGCAAGUAUCUAUGGAUUGUUGAAUGUUUGGACCCGGCCCUUUGGAGGAUAUCUCGGGGAUGUGAUCUAUCGCCGCUUCGGAGUGCCCGGCAAGAAGUACCUUAUGCUCGUGCUGGGCAUCUUGCAGGGGUUCAUGUCGAUCGCGCUGGGUCUGUACAUCGAUAGCCGCGAGCGUCCGUCACUUGCCGUCGUGAUCGUGGUGUUCACCAUUCUCGCGAUCGUGAACGAAGCAGGCAACGGGGCGAAUUUCUCCUUGGUGCCGCAUUGCAAUCCGAACUCGAAUGGCAUGAUGAGCGGUGUCGUCGGUGCGAUGGGCAACCUCGGCGGCGUGCUUUUCGCCCUCGUCUUCAGGUUCCAACCGAUCCCAUACGGCAAAGCCUUCUGGAUCGUGGGUAUCGUGACCGUUGGCGUCAACGCUGUCCUCUUGCCAGUUCGGGUGCCGAGGUGGUGA